AUGGCCUGCCGAGACUUCAAGGCCAAGACAGUCAACGAGCGUAAGGCGUUCAUAGAGACAAGCAAGCGCUGCUACAAUUGCUUAGGCAACCACUUUCUAUCUCGCUGCCAGUCGAAGAAGAACUGCCUCACAUGCGACGCACGACACCACACGAUGUUGCACGGAGCACCGACGUCUUCACUGUCAGCUGAGGCCACCACACGCGCCACCACACUGACCACGACUCUGCAACAUCAGGAUCACAAGGCCGUUCUUCUGGCAACAGCUCGAGUGAACAUCGCCGAUCGGUACGGGUCCCCACACGCCGUACGCGCUCUGAUCGACCAAUGCUCUGAGGUGUCGAUCAUUUCAGAGACCUUGGCACAACGCCUUCGCCUUCCUCGAGUUUCGACGGAUCUUUCGAUCUUCGGCAUCGGAGGGACCCGCUCAGGAUCCGCUCGAGGCAAAGUAACGCUGCACGUAACGUCAGACGUGACCAACGCCGAGCUCAGCGUGGUAGCCUUUGUGCUGUCUCGCAUAUCACUGCAGCAAGGAUCAGUCUCACGAGGAGAACGCAGCUGGCCUCAUCUCAAGGGACUCCAACUGGCCGAUCCUCGUUUUUUGGACGACGACCCAGCUGAGUUACUCUUAGGAGCCGAGGUCUAUUCCUUGAUCCUCGAGGAGGGCCUCCGCAAAGGAGAUUCAAGGAUGCCGAUCGCCCAGCAAACAAGCCUGGGGUGGAUCCUCUCUGGCGGAUACGACGCCACAUCAGUCAACGGACAUCGCCGCACAUUCCGAUGCACCGCCGAUCAUGACCUCGCCGACCUCGUUCGCCGCUUUUGGGAGCAGGAGAGCGAGCCAAUAUCUCAGGCUCCACUCACUCCUGACGAAACCAAGUGCGAGGAGCUUUACGUGCGCACCGUCACACGCACGCCCACCGGAAGAUACAUGGUGAGACUGCCUCUUGCAUCACCGCCGACGACUCUUCAAGACACUCGCCGCCCUGCGGAGCACCUCCUGAAAGCCAUGGAGUCCAAGGGCAGCCGAGACCCUCGAUUUGGCGACCUCUAUCGCAGCUUCAUGCAGGAAUACGAGGACCUGCAACAUAUGAAGAGGGUAAAUAUCGCAACAACAGCUGAGAAGAUCAGAUGCUACUUACCGCAUCACGGGGUCCUGAAGGAGGCGAGCACGACGACGAAGCUCCGAGUCGUGUUCAACGGCUCUCAACGGACACGAACUGGGAACUCGCUGAAUUCGCAUCUGCUGACUGGGGCGAAUUUGCUGCCCGCUCUCACCGACGUGCUGCUGCGAUGGCGUUGGCACCGGUAUGUCUUCGUCACAGACAUCGAGAAGAUGUAUCGCCAAAUUCUCGUACAUCCUGAGGACUGCAGCCUUCAAACGAUACUGUGGCGUCAACACAAAACGAGCGAGAUCUAG